AUGAAUUCCGUCGACAUUGAGGGCCAGAUCAAGAACGACAUAUCAUCCAAGGAGAUUGAGCAUGCAAGCAUUCAUGAGACCUUCUCCCCUGAGGAGGAGAAGGCUCUCGUCAGGAAGAUAGACCUGACCUUGCUGCCAACCAUCUGGAUCAUGUACCUGCUUUCUUACUUGGACCGUACCAAUAUCGGCAAUGCGAAGAUUUCUGGAAUGCAGACAGACCUGAACCUGACCUCUAACCAAUAUUCCGUCGCCCUGGUGGUGUUCUUUGUAGGAUAUGUUGUGUUUGAGGUGCCCAGCAACCUUGUCCUAGGUCGCACACGCCCGUCGAUAUUCCUCCCCAGUAUCAUGGUUGUUUGGGGAACCCUGACAUGUCUCAUGGCGGUCAUCAAGGAUUUCAAGCACCUCGUGGUACUCCGUGUCUUGAUUGGAUGUGUUGAAGCUGGCUUCGCCCCCGGUGUGCUUCUUGUGCUGUCAUCCUGGUACAAGCGGACUGAACAGUCCAAGAGAUUUGGUGUGUACAUUUCGGCAGCCAUUCUGUCAGGCGCAUUCGGUGGUCUGCUAGCCGCUGUGAUUGUGAAGCAUCUCGAGGGUGUGCAUGGGAUUCGAGGGUGGAGAUGGCUAUUCAUCGUUGAGGGUGCAGCAACCAUUGGUUGGGCGCUGGUCGCCUUGUUCAUCCUGCCCGAUUUCCCAUCGACUUCAAGACGUCUUUCUGAACGCGAGAAGCGUGUCGCGGUCGCUCGACUAGCCACUGAGAAUGUCACCGCGAUCACUGCGGACGGUGAGCAGUUGAGCAACUGGGGAGCAAUCAAGGUCGCUGUUAGUGACCGGCGUACUUGGGCGUUUGUGGUGGGAUACAUGGUCAUCGUUGGCUCAAGUACUCUAACCUACUUCUAUCCAACCCUCGUCAAAGGCCUCUUCGGCAAUGCGUCGACGGAGAAAAUCAAUUUUUUGACCGUACCGAUCUACGGGGUUGCCUUUGUUUGCACAGCCAUCACAGCCUACUUCAGUGACAAGAUCCCAGGGUGGCGAGGUCUGGUUAUCGCUUGCUGGCUGACAUUCUCGUUGAUCUGCUCCAUUAUCGUCUGUGCGGUAUACAACUUUACCGCUCGAUACGUCUUGCUGGUUCUCAUGGCUGCUGGUCUAUGGGCUACAAACGCCGGUACCUUGGCUUUCGCCUCAUCCGCGUUCUCUGGGAUGCAUCCCCAGGCACGUGGUGUGAGCUUGGCCCUGGUGAACGCGCUUGGAAACUUGGCCCAGAUCUAUGGAUCGUAUUUGUUCCCCGACUCCGACCACCCCAAGUAUAUCAAAGGAUUCUCUGUCAUUUCUGCCAUGUUAGUAGUUGGCAUAGUCGUUUUCAGUGGGUUGCACAUUUGGUUCCGCCGCAACGCAAAGUCUUUGGCCGAGCAGUGA